AUGGCAAUCAGCAGGAUCAGCGAAGCGGACAUUGGACGUAGUUAUCAUCAAAAAGAGACAUCCAUCGAUACUAGUAGGUCUCAACGGCUGAACAACAGAGUGUGCGAGGAAUGGCGCCUCACUAGGAAGCUGGGCUCCCUCAUUGGUGACCACGAGGAUGCUGCGCGGAGAAUGCAACUCGCCACGGCUGCCCUGCACCGGCUCUGGGCAUUAUGGAUACGUGGUUCCAUUGUAAACGAUUCGCUGAGAGUACGGCUAUACAAGGCAUUCGUCUUACCGGUCCUGUGCUACAACAACGGGACUUGGGGCCUCACUGGCACCGCUAUGCAUAGAGUUGAUGCGUUCCACAGACAACAACUGCGGAAAGUUAUUGGCAUACGGUACCCAGCUAAGAUCAAGAAUAACACCCUGUACAAGAGGACAAACUCAACACCACUUGGUAUCUCGGUCCUGGGAGCCCGCUGGCGUCUGUUUGGGCACGUGCUGCGGCUCGACCAGAGUGCACCGGCGAACCUGUCAAUGUGCUCCUACUUCAAGCCAUCCACUGAGCCUACCUGGAGGGGCAGGCCGCGCACAACUCUGCCGGUCGUGCUCAGACACGAUCUCGAGCUUGUUGGGAGGACCCGCAAGACCUCGGCAGAUCUUGAGGAGCUGAGGAGCAUCGCCCAGAAUCGCGGAGCGUGGACCUACCUCAGCGGCCGUAUUCUGGAGAGAUAUGUUGCUGCUCACAGAUGA